AUGUUGCAGACCACCUGCCAGCUCGCGACGGCGGUGGAGACGGCGUCCAACCUUGAAGGGUCCGGGAACUCCAUGGGGCUGACCCUUUGCGGCGGCCCGCAGAGGUAGUCUGGGUUGAGGACGCCGGCGAUCUUCCAGUUCUUUGGGGGGUAGAGAGCUGUGCGGUUCAUGUCCGGGGGGAUCUUGAAGACGAGGAGCUGGAAGAUGGCUUUGGACUUGGUGGAAUUCAUGGUGGGGGGGAGUAAGGAGCCGUUCUUGCAGCAGAAGGGGAUCUUUCCGAUCUGGUCGUCAUCGACGCGUUCUGGGGGGAGGUCGGCGAUGACCGGGCGGCGCUGGCAGUUGAGGACGGCGGCGAAGUCGAGGCUCUGGUAG